CUAGUAAAUUAUAACAUCCGAAAUCUGCCCUCAACUCUCUCUCAGCCUCUCCUUCGUUUCCUGACCCUAGCCGCACACAACACUCAGUGCUCUCAUCUCAUCGCAUCAUUCAUCUCCAUCUUCAUCACCUUUGGUAGAAAAUGUCAUCACCUUUGGCCUCUUCUUCUCCCCAGUCCAUGAGCGUGAGCGAAAAGAGGUUGUCAGUCAGAUUGAGCGAGAUCGAGCCCCAGAAAAGACCUCGAUCAGAACCCCCUUGCAACAAAGAGUCCAGGCCCAUACUGGAUCUAGAGGAGGUGCGGGGUAAGGGGACUUUCGUAUGGCAACCUUACGACAGCAGUGAUGACGAAGAUGAGGGCGAUGGGGACGUGCAUUAUAUAUUCAAGGGUAACUUUGACAGCAGAAGGGAGGCGCUACGGGAAGAAAAGGCAAUACGCAGACGUCUUAGAGGAAAAUUGCCCGAAGAAAAGCAAAAAACCACUGCGGAAGCGGAAGAGCAAACCAGAAAGGGGCGAUGGUUUUGUGUCGUCAAAGACCCUGGGGAUCCUGUUCACUGUCUGGUUUGUUUGAAGGAUCACCCGCUCAACAUUUGCCCAUACCUCAAUUAUGUCCCUAAGGGCGCAGAACUUGGCCCCAAAGCUAUGUUAGUUUGUAAAUGUUGUAAUCAGGAGGAUGGCCACGGUAACCGUGAUGACUGGGUAGGAGUUGCUGCUUAUAUUACGUGUUUUAAGUGCUUUGCUAAUUAUGACCACAGGACUAAAGACUGCCCCUUGGGAAACUACAAUAUAUGUUGGUAUUGUCGCCGUAAGAGCGAGCAGCUGAGUUGUGACUGCCCCAAGAAUUAAGCAACGAUCGCACGCUGGGAGUCAAUAUCGGUUGCCGACUGUAUGCAGAGAGGCCUACGACCUAUAUAUAUAACUAGUGGAUCUGAGUCCAUGCUCGGUUACAAAUAUUAAUUAGUGGAACUGAGUCCCUGCUCCAAUUCGAUACUUUGUGUAAGGAUUGUAGUUGUUGCUUUGUUUGACUCUUCUCUUUUUUUGGAACAAAACCAUUGUAACCUCCUUGAAAAUACUCCAUUGCCUUUUUUUGAGUGGAUUUGGGGAGCAGCUGUAUCUUAAGUCAUUUCUGAAAUCUUAAUGGUCAUCCCUGUUUGUUGUUGGUUGUAUAAGAUUUAAUGGUAUCUUCUUGGUGGACUGCUGUUUACUGUUGUUCA